AUGGCGCAGAAUUUGUACGGUCCCGGGGUCCGGAUGGGCAACUGGAACGAGGACGUCUACCUGGAGGAGGAGCGCGUGAAAGACUUCCUAGAGAAGAGAGAUAAGGGGAAACUUCUCAUCCAGAGAAAUAGGAGGAUGAAAAGGAACCUUUUGAGACAGAUGCAGCUCUCCAUAUCUGAAGACGGAUACAUUCAUUAUGGCGACAAAGUGAUGCUCGUGAAUCCUGACUACCCUGCGAGGGAAGAAGUUGGUUUGUUCCUCAGGGGAGACCUGAGUUUAUGCAUGACUCCUGAUGAAAUGAAAGCCUACUUGAGUGAUGAAUUCGAGGUGCCCUGCGGCCUGAGUGCUGUUCAAACCAAGAUCCCUGGGCAGAAACACUUCGUCAUCAUGAGUGCGGGCAGAGAUACCACCGGCCAAGUUCUUAGGUACGGACAGGACUUUUGCCUUGGGAUCGUUGGAGGAUUUGAAAACAAAAUGUUAUAUUUAUCCAGUGAUCACAAGACCCUUCUGAAAUCGUCUAAGAAGUCUUGGCUCCAGGAAGUGUACCUGACGGACAAGGAGUCCCACCUGAACUACUGGCAGGCCGCCUUCCUCGACCACCAGCUGCGCCUGGAGUUUGAAGGUUUCCCCAUCCCAGCAAAUGAAAAAAUUAUCAUCUAUCACCGCUAUACGAAUCGGGGACUGGCCGCCCACCGGCACCUUCUCCUAAGGACCUAUUUUGGAAAGGAAGCUGAGGUUGCAGCUCACACACAUCUGGAUCCACGCAGAGUUGAAAAGCCAAAGAACUACUGGAUGUUGGUCACUGGGAACCCCAGAAAUCAGUUGUCCACCAUGCUGGACUUGCCUACGGCACCAGCAGAGGACACCCCACCCGCGGAGCAGGCCGUGGGCCUUACCACGCAGUGA